UCUAUAAGAGCGGGCGGCGGCAGGACUGCGCGCGUUUCGAGCUCCUGUAGUCCUUAGUGGGUUUCGGUCCUCUCGGCACUUCCAGCCUCAAUCCCCGACAUGAAGGCGCUGAGCCCGGUGCGCGGCUGCUACGAGGCGGUGUGCUGCCUGUCGGAACGCAGUCUAGCCAUCGCGCGGGGCCGCGGUAAGAGCCCAGCUGCCGAGGAGCCGCUGAGCCUCCUGGACGACAUGAACCACUGCUACUCGCGCCUGCGGGAACUGGUGCCCGGAGUCCCGCGAGGCACUCAGCUUAGCCAGGUGGAAAUCCUGCAGCGCGUCAUCGAUUACAUCCUCGACCUGCAGGUGGUCCUAGCCGAGCCGGCCCCUGGACCCCCAGACGGUCCGCAUCUCCCCAUCCAGACAUCUGAGCUUGCUCCGGAGCUUGUGAUCUCCAACGACAAGAGGAGCUUCUGCCACUGACCCGGCAGUCCUGGCACCUUCAGAACGCAGGUGCUGGCACCCGUUCCGCCUGGGACCUGGGGACCCUCUUCGGCCGGAAUCUCGAGGGCAUGGAUGAGCCCCAACCUCGCCCGGCCCACUUUACUUCCCCAGACUCCUGCCUGGAGGCUGGACCUGGCACCCGAGAGUGAAGGACUGUGAACUUGGGUGGCCUGAAGAGCCAGAGCUAGCUCUGGCCACCAGUUGGGCAACAUCACUGCCCCCACCUCACCCUCAAGUUUUAAGGACUUGUCUUUGCAGAGCGUGGAGAGCUGGGGAGUAGGGGAUGGCUGCUCUCCAACUCUGCCAAGGCGGCAUUAGAGCUGGUCUUCUGGUCUCCUUGGAAAAAGGCUCUGUUGCCCUUAUUAUGAACUCUAUAAUAGAGUAUAUAGCUUUUGUACCUUUUUUACAGGAAGGUGACUUUCUGUAAUCAUGCGAUGUAUAUUGAACUUUUUAUAAAAGUUAACAUUUUGCAUAAUAAAAACGAUUUUUAAACAC